AUGGCACCUGACGCCACACUCUUCGACCCCUUCUCACCCUCGGGCUCGGCCUUCUCCAUGGCGACACUCAUCCGCAGAGCCGAUGACCCUUCGCCCGCCGGCAAGGCCCAGAGCUCAGAGGGCAUCGGCAUUGUCAGCUUUCUCACUGCCAUCGGCGUCGCUCUCGCCGUCUUUGCCGCCCAGUUCUUCCUCUUCAUCCUGCUGCGGAACAAGCUGGCCCGCAUCUUCAAACCGAGAACGUACCUGGUCCCUGAGCGCGAGAGGACCGAGCCGCCGCCCAGCAACAUCUUGGCCAUGGUCAGGAGCCUGAUGAAGCAUGACGACCGCGACGUCAUCAACAAGUGCGGCCUCGACGCCUACUUCUUCCUCCGCUACCUAAAGACCCUCCUCGUCAUUUUCAUCCCCAUUUGCGCCGUCGUCCUUCCCAUUCUUAUUCCCAUCAACUACAUUGGCGGAAAAGGGCAGCAGGUCAACAUCAACGAAGUCGCGAGGAACCAAAAUAAUAGUACACCUUCGGGCCUCGAUACUCUUGCCUGGGCCAAUGUGGGCCCGGCGCAUACCGGCCGCUACACCGCCCAUCUGAUCAUGGCCAUCCUGGUCAUCAUCUGGGUCUGCACCGUCUUCUUCUUCGAGCUUCGCGUAUAUAUCAAGGUCCGGCAGGACUAUCUUACCAGCGCAGAGCAUCGACUGCGGGCCUCGGCCACGACGGUCCUUGUAAGCUCCAUCCCCAAGAAAUGGCUGAGCGAGGACGCUCUUGUCGGUCUGUUCGACGUCUUUCCAGGUGGGGUUAGGAACGUUUGGCUGAACAGGGACCUGGCGAAGCUGCUCGACAAAAUCAGCCUCAGGAAAAAAGUCCAUGCCAUGCUCGAAUCGGCCGAGACAGACUUGAUUAAGGCUUCCAAGAAGGCGCAGCUAAAGCGAAGGAACGCCGACGAGAGAGCGCAGCGUAAGCAGCAGAAACUUAGAGCAGUUACUAAGGAGGAAAAGGCCGCUCGCGAUGCUCAAGAGGAUGCCGCAGCAAGUCGGUUGGCCAACAGCGGCGAUGGAGUCAACGCCGGCAGCCAGGAGGACGUUCCCCACACCGUCGAUGAUGGCGUUCGUGAGUGGGAGAACGACCCGAUGGGACGAGAGAACCACGAGCUGGAAACCGUGGACGAGGAGGAACGAAGGUCGUCUUGCGGCAUGAUGACGCAUGGGCUCAAGAGACCCCUGUCAAAGGUCGGCAAAGGCCUCAGGGGAGCUGCUUGCAAGGCCGGCGGCGAAGCCAACGGCACGACGGGACCGCGUCACGGUUUCAUAGACACCAACCUCGCCAACGGCCAGGCGGCGUCUCGUGAUCCUCCGGGCCCUGGCAGGAUACUGAGCAACAGUGACAAGGAUAGAACAUCGCCGUUGCCUCCAUCGUUGCUCGAGGAGGCGCGCACUCACUCUCGCGCGGCCUCCGCCAUUUCGGAAAACUCGACGGCAGCGACCCACAAGAAUAGCCACAGCAUCGGCAUUGGGACCGCGGGCCGUCAACUGGGCGACGCCAACGACAUGUACGUACGCGAGCGAACGAAAUUCUGGCAGUUUUGGAAACCUCCAUCCGGCGCCUACACGUCUCCGAUCCCGCAGGGCGAUGCAGCCAGGGAGCUCAUGGAGAACGAGUCCAAGAACAAGACGCCCUUCUGGCACAAGGUCAAGACGGCUCUUCCAUUCAUGGGCGACAAGGGCGAGGAUGCGCCCGAGUACCCUGUGGCCUUCAAUUCUGAUCACCAAUCCGACGAGGACGGCGGAGCGGAAUGGGAGAAGUACCUCAAGAAAAAGGACCGCCCGACUCAUCGGUUAUCCCCAUUUGAGAUCAGUUGGCUGCCCGGACUUCCCCUCUUCAACAAGAAGGUGGACACGAUUUACUGGUGUCGCCAAGAGCUUGCCCGGCUGAACGUGGAGAUCGAAGACGACCAGAAGCACCCUGAGCGGUUCCCCCUGAUGUCCUCCGCCUUCAUCCAGUUCAACCACCAAAUCGCGGCGCACAUGGCCUGCCAGAGUACCGUCCACCACAUCCCGCGACAUAUGUACCCGCGUAUCAACGAGAUAUCCCCCCGAGAUGUCAUUUGGGACAACAUGGCGCUGGGCUGGUGGCAGGAGUGGCUCCGAAGCGCCAUCGUCACGCUUCUCGUUUGCGGCAUGAUAUUCUUGUGGGCCGUUCCCGUUGCAUGGACUGCUGCGCUUAGCCAGCUGGAUAACAUAAUACGGAAUGCAGAAUGGCUGGGCGAUCUCCGGGAUGAUGAGACGGUCACCAAUAUUCUCAAGGCCGUCGCGGGUGUGUUGCCCGCGCUUUUGCUUGCCCUCUUGCUCAUCCUGGUUCCCCUCAUCCUCAAUUUCUUGGCCGGCAUCAAGGGCGCAAAGACUGGCGCCCAAAAGACGGAGUUUGUCCAAGUCUACUACUUUGUCUUCCUCUUCGUCCAAGUCUUCUUGAUUGUUUCCAUUGCCUCGUUCUUUGCCAAGUCCAUUGACGAGUUUGUCAAGCACAUCACGCAGCUUCAGUCGGUCAGCGCCGUCCUGGACCUGCUCGCUAAGAACCUGCCUGCGUCCGCCAACUACUUCUUCUCCUACAUGAUUCUGCAGGCGCUCUCGACCAGCUCUGGUACCCUGCUUCAGGUCGGAGCGCUGUUCAUGUGGUUCAUUAUUGCGCCCAUGUUUGACAGCACGGCGCGGAACAAGUGGUCUCGGAACACGGGGCUCAACCAGAUCCAAUGGGGCUCCUUCUUCCCCGUCUAUACCAACUUUGCCUGCAUUGCUCUCAUCUACUGCGUUAUUGCGCCGCUGAUUUCAGUCUUCGCCGUCAUCACGUUCAGUCUCCUGUGGCUCGCUCAGAGGUACGCCAUGCUCUACGUCAACCGGUUCGAGAACGACACGGGCGGGGUCCUGUACCCGCGAGCCAUCAACCAGACCUUUACGGGCAUCUACUUCAUGGAGCUCUGCAUGGCUGGCCUGUUCUUCAUCGUCCAGGACACUCACGGCAGACACACGUGCACACCACAUGGUGUCAUCAUGAUUGUGGUUUUUAUUUUGACGCUCUUCUAUCAGGUGCUCCUCAACAAGUCGUUCUCUCCGCUCUUCAGAUACCUACCGGUAACGUUUGAGGAUGAAGCGGUCCUACGCGAUGAAGCCUUUCAACGAGCCCAGGAUAUCCGAUUCGGUCUUCUCCGAGAGGAAUCACUGCAUGGCAACGGGGAGAAGGGUUCAAGAUUAGAUGAUUCUGGAAUUCGCCAGGAUCAACAGGGCCGCCACCUGCGGGACCACGUCAAACAGGUUGGCCACUGGGCCAAGGACGGAGGCAAACACGUCGGUCACUGGGCCAAGGACGGCGGCCACCAGCUACGCAAGCUCAAGGUGAUGGGGGACAAUUCCAGGGCCGUGCAGUAUCGGCGCCGGCAGCGCCAACGGGAUCUCGAGUCCCAGCGUGCCAUAGGAGACGCGCUAUACGGCGGGGUUCACGACGACAUCGAGGACUUGACGCCCGAAGAGCGAGACAUCCUCACUCGGCACGCCUUCCAGCACGGCGGCCUGCGAGCCCGGCGGCCGACCGUCUGGAUCCCCCGCGAUGACUUGGGGGUCAGCGACGACGAGAUUCGUCGGACGAAUGAUUACAGCGAGCAUAUCUGGAUCAGCAACGAGGGUACGGCACUCGACAGCAAGGUGCGCGUCGUGUACGGCAAGAACCCCCCAGACUUCUCCGAAGUGGACAUUAUCAACCUGUGA